AUGAACGUUGCCGAUAGAAGACGGAUUCUGGGGCCUUUAAACGCAAAACCGCUGCAAUUUGCAAGCGCUGACGGUAAUUUACAAGACGCCCACUUACAAGAGACUCAAAGUGGUGAUGAGACGCUAUAUAUUCAACAAGGCAUUGUGACGAAUGCCAACGGAUCUGCAUAUUUAGAGAUUGCAUCUCCAACCAAAAAUGACCAACAUAUCUUACUUUUGGCCAGUGUUUACGGUCCUCGACCAACGCGAGGAACGUUUAGCGCAAGGGCAGCGCUUUCGAUACAGUUCAAAGAGAACACUUUGGAGCAAUUCACAGCAGGAGAAGUGAAAGAGCUCUGCAACUUUCUGGCAAGUGUAUUCAGAGCCGUUAUAAACUUGAAUAGGUACCCAAAAUCGGGCAUCGACAUUUUCCUGAAUUUAAUUCAAUAUGUGGGACCUUCUGGAACAUCAUCACUCGAAGCAAUUAUUCCAGCUUGCAUCAACGCCAUUAUGCUUGCUUUGAUCGAUGCUGGGAUCGAGACUUUGGACACAGUCAGCGCAGGAUCUUACAAGGGCACAGUGAUAUCUUUCAUCAGAAAUGGAGACGAGAUUGUGGGGUUCUGGGCAGACAAUGACUUUGACAACAACGGCAGUUACGCCGUGACGGUUGAUAAGUGCAGGCGACAUUAUAUACAGAACCGCAAUGCCAUGCUCGAUUACAUAGUGAAGACAAAAUAG